UGAUUUUCAGGAAGUCAGAUGAUCUUUUCUGCCCUCUGGCUCUCGAUUCUCCAGUCCUGGACACCAUGGACCCUCUGCUGUAUCUCCUCUGUCUGCUCUCCCUGUGCCCAGGCCUGGCAGCUCUCUCCUGCCCUCAGAACGUCAAUAUCUCGGAUGGUACUUUCACCCUUAGCCAUGGCUGGGCCCCCGGAAGCCUCCUCACCUACUCCUGCCCCCUGGGCAGCUACCCAUCCCCCGCCUGGAGACUGUGCAAGAACAAUGGACAGUGGCAGACUCCGGGGAUCUCUUGGCAAUCCACCCGGCGACCCACCCAAUGGGUUAAGGCAGUCUGCCGACCUGUUCGGUGUCCAGCCCCCGUUUCCUUUGAGAACGGGAUAUACACCCCUCGACUGGGGGCCUACCCUGUGGGUGGGAACCUGAGCUUCCAGUGUGAGGAUGGUUUCAGGUUGCGGGGCUCACCUGUGCGGUACUGUCGCCCCAAUGGCAUGUGGGAUGGAGACACGGCUGUGUGUGACAACGGAGCUGACCACUGCCCCAACCCAGGCAUUUCGGUGGGCACAGCUCGGACAGGCUCACGCUUUGGCCUUGGGGACAAGGUCAUUUACAAAUGUUCCUCAAACCUGGUGCUGACCGGCUCUGCAGAGCGGGAGUGCCAGGACAACGGGGUCUGGAGUGGGACGGAGCCACUCUGCCGCCAGCCUUACUCUUAUGACUUCCCUGAGGAUGUGGCCCCUGCCCUAGGCACCUCCUUCUCCAACCUGGUUGGAGCCACCAAUCCCACCCAGAAGAGGACAGAAAACCUGGGUCGUAGAAUCCAGAUUCAACGCUCGGGUCACCUGAACCUCUAUCUGCUGCUAGACGCUUCUAAGAGUGUGUCGAAAGAGGACUUUGAGAUCUUAAAGGACAGCGCCUCCCUCAUGGUGGACAGGCUCUUCAGCUUUGAGAUCAAGGUCAGCGUUGCCAUCAUUACCUUUGCUUCCCGGCCCAAAAUCAUCAUGUCUGUCCUGAAUGAGAAAUCCCAGGAUGGGGUGGAGGUGAUCAACAGUCUAGAAAAAGCCCUCUAUAAAGACCAUGAAAAUGGAACUGGGACGAACACCUACGAGGCCCUGAACAGUGUCUACCUAAUGAUGAAUAACCAGAUGCAGCGCUUGGGCAUGGAAACCAUGGCCUGGCAGGAAAUCCGCCACGCCAUCAUCCUCCUGACCGACGGGAAGUCCAACAUGGGCGGAUCUCCCAAGCCAGCAGUGGAUAACAUCAGAGAGAUCCUUGACAUCAAACAGAACAGGAAUGACUAUCUGGACAUCUAUGCUAUUGGGGUGGGCAAGAUGGAUGUGGACUGGAGAGAACUGAAUGAACUGGGGUCCAAGAAGGACGGCGAGAGGCACGCCUUCAUCCUGCAGGACACGCAGGCUGUGUGCCAGGUCUUUGAACACAUGCUAGAUGUCUCCAAGCUCACAAAUACCAUCUGUGGGGUGGGGAACAUGUCCGUCAAUGCCUCUGACCAGGAGAGGACACCUUGGCAUGUCACCUUUAAGCCCAAGAGCAAGGAGACCUGCCGGGGUGCCCUCAUCUCUGACCAGUGGGUUCUGACGGCUGCUCACUGCUUCCACAACACACAGAAGGAAGACCGCCAACUGUGGAGGGUCAUUGUGGGGGAUCCCAACUCCCAGCAUGGCAAAGAGUUCCUUGUGGAGGAGGCAGUGAUUGCCCAGGGCUUUGAUGCCCACGCAAAAAGGAGCCAGGGGAUCAUGGAGUUCUAUGGUGACGACAUCGCUCUACUGAAGCUGACCCAGAAAGUGAAGAUGUCCACUCACGCCAGACCCAUCUGCCUUCCUUGCACCGUGGAAGCCAACAUGGCUCUGCGGAGAUCCCCAGGCAGCACCUGUGUGGACCAUGAGCAAGAGCUUAUGAACCAACAGGACACGGCUGCUCAUUUUGUGGCCUUGAAUGGGGACAAACUGAGUAUUACCCUCCAGACAGGGCUCAAGUGGACAAGCUGUGCCCAGGCUGUCUCCCAAAACAAAAAAAUCUUCCCUGACUUGAAAAACGUCAGCGAGGUGGUGACAGACCAGUUCCUAUGCAGUGGUGCCAAGAAGGAGGAUCACAAUCCCUGUCAAGGAGAAUCUGGGGGAGCAGUUUUCCUUGAGAGGAGACACAGGUUUUUCCAGGUGGGCCUGGUGAGUUGGGGCCUUUAUGACCCUUGUCACGGUGCCUCUGACAAAAACUCCCGAAAAAAGCCUCCCCCUGGUGUUGUGGCACGGGACUUCCACAUUAGUCUCUUCCGCCUGCAGCCCUGGCUGAGGCAGCACCUGGAUGGAGUCCUGACGUUUUUACCCCUUAAUCGCGGGCAUUGACCCCUUUGCUGCCCCGUGCCUCCUGUCUCCUACCUCUGAGCAUCCACUAGGGGCCCAGAGACAGCCAAGAACCAGCCAGGGGGUCCCACGGCUGUGCCAAUAGCUGUCCUGUACUCCCUGGCCUGCCCAUGUACAAAUCCCUUCCCUCUGUGUUCCUUUUACUUCUGCACGGGAUUUCCAAGUUGUGAAAUUAAUAAAAAUCAAGGAUUUCCAAA